ACUCGCUGAAAAUGUUGAAAGCAGCCAGAUAUCUAUCCCGCAGUUUGGUGGAGAACCGAGGGCUGUUGCACAAUGGAGGAUCUCUGCCCAACAAUGUGCUGGCCCGGUUCAAAUCGGAACAGGUCAAAGGUGCCGUUAUUGGUAUCGAUCUGGGCACCACAAACUCGUGCGUUGCGGUGAUGGAAGGCAAAAACGCCAAGGUCAUCGAGAAUGCGGAGGGUGCCCGCACCACACCGUCGCACGUAGCAUUCACAAAGGACGGCGAACGGUUGGUGGGCAUGCCGGCCAAACGCCAGGCGGUCACCAAUUCGGCCAACACAUUCUACGCCACCAAGCGUCUGAUUGGGCGGCGUUUCGAUGAUCAGGAGAUCAAGAAGGACCUCGCCAACCUGUCGUACAAGGUGAUGAAGGCCUCGAAUGGGGAUGCCUGGGUGCAGGGAAGCGAUGGAAAAGUGUACUCACCCAGCCAGAUCGGUGCAUUCGUGCUGAUGAAGAUGAAGGAAACGGCGGAAGCGUACCUAAACACACCGGUUAAAAAUGCCGUCGUUACGGUGCCGGCGUAUUUUAACGAUUCUCAGCGACAGGCUACGAAGGACGCGGGACAGAUCGCGGGUCUGAAUGUGCUGCGUGUAAUUAACGAACCGACUGCUGCUGCGCUGGCGUACGGCAUGGAUAAGAGUGAGGAUAAGAUCAUUGCCGUGUACGAUCUCGGUGGUGGUACGUUCGAUAUUUCGAUUCUCGAGAUUCAGAAGGGCGUGUUCGAAGUGAAAUCCACCAACGGUGACACCCUGCUCGGUGGUGAGGAUUUCGAUAAUCAUAUCCUCAACUAUCUGGCGCAGGAGUUCAAGAAGGACCAGGGUAUCGACAUUAAGAAAGACGCCAUGGCAAUGCAGCGGUUGAAGGAAGCCGCCGAAAAGGCCAAGUGCGAACUGUCGUCGUCCGUGCAGACCGACAUCAACCUGCCGUACCUGACGAUGGAUGCAUCGGGACCGAAACACUUGAACCUGAAGCUGACGCGAGCCAAGCUGGAAACGCUGGUUGGCGAUCUGAUCAAGCGUACGAUUGCGCCCUGCCAGAAGGCGAUGUCCGAUGCGGAAGUCAACAAGUCCGACAUUGGUGAGGUGCUGCUGGUCGGUGGUAUGACCCGCAUGCCAAAGGUGCAAUCGCUGGUGCAGGAAGUGUUCGGCCGCCAGCCAUCCCGUGCCGUCAAUCCCGACGAAGCCGUUGCCGUUGGUGCCGCCGUACAGGGCGGUGUGUUGGCCGGUGACGUGACGGACGUGCUGCUGUUGGAUGUGACGCCUCUCUCGCUCGGUAUCGAAACGCUCGGUGGCGUGUUUACGCGGCUCAUCACCCGCAACACGACUAUUCCCACGAAGAAAUCUCAGGUCUUUUCCACGGCGGCCGACGGACAGACGCAGGUGGAAAUUAAGGUGCACCAGGGUGAGCGAGAAAUGGCCACGGACAACAAGAUGCUGGGUUCGUUUACGCUCGUUGGCAUUCCCCCGGCGCCACGAGGUGUGCCACAGAUUGAGGUCGUGUUUGACAUUGAUGCGAACGGCAUUGUGCAUGUGUCCGCUCGCGAUAAGGGCACCGGCAAGGAACAACAGAUUGUCAUUCAAUCGUCCGGCGGUUUGAGCAAGGAUGAGAUCGAAAACAUGAUCAAGAAUGCCGAACAGUACGCGCAAGCAGACAAACAAAAGAAAGACCGCAUCGAGGCGAUCAACCAAGCGGAAGGCAUCGUGCACGAUACGGAAACGAAGAUGGAGGAGUUCAAAGAUCAGCUGCCAAAGGAAGAGUGUGACAAGCUGCGAGAGGAAAUCACGAAGGUGCGAGAAAUUCUGGCAAACAAGGAUGAAGCUGAUCCGGAACAAGUUCGCCAAACAACCAGUGCCCUGCAGCAGUCUUCUCUAAAGCUGUUCGAAAUGGCGUACAAGAAGAUGGCAUCGGAGCGUGAAGGUAGCGGUAGCAGUAGCGGAAGCAGCAGCAGCAGCAGCAGCAGUGGCGGAUCGGAGGAAGCCGAGAAGAAGGAGAACAAAAACUAAAAACAAAAAUUAUUAGCGUUAAAACAACACAGACUUUAAUCACAUUUACACAUACCAGACGGUACGCGUGAGAAAAGAGCAGUAGCGUAACUUCGCAAAUCCCAAAUGUUGUAAGCACGCGAAAUUGCUACAAUUUCGGUAUACAGACCAGAAUAAACAGGAAAUGGCAGAAGGUUAAACCCACUAUUAAUGCGCAACGAUUAUUUAUGUUGGGGUUUCAUGUUGACGAAAAUCCCCUAUUUCUUCCUCAAGACCCUCUGUAAAGCGUUGCAUCAUGCUCUGGAGCAGCAUUUGUGGGAUGGCAUUUUGCACAAAUUCGGCCACUGACCCUCUGCCAGCAAAUGUAACCUGUAAAUCUGCAUAGCGUUAUCUAUAUAGGGCAUAGUUUUAAACCCGCUGCGAUCGCAUUUAAAUCAUACUUGAGAUGGGCAAUAAGAGGAGUGCAUGUUGUAUGGAUUUCAAUUUAUCCACAUUGAACACCGAUCCGUUGCUUUAUACGCCGGGGGAGGAGUGAUUAAAUUGCCAUUAGCUGUAGGAGCAGGAGCGCAUUAGCGAAAAAGUGCAUUAUGUUUUCGUUCAACAGGCAGCUUGCUAAAACGGAAUGAAUGUCCUGUUCAGUUCGUCACUGGCUGGUGUGUUUAGUAGAGGUAUAGUGAAUGUUUUAUUAUUUUUCGUAGUUGCAAUAAAAACAUUAAAUCUAAAU